UCUACACGGAGAAACUGAAAAACUCAAAAUUAGGUACUUUUAAACUCAAUUUUGAGUUCUUUUUCAUCUCCCUUUUCAUGCGCUCUUUCUAUUGUUGUCAGAGAGUGAAGAGAGAAACACCCCAACUUUUGCAGUUCCGUGCGUCAAGCCAACACUGAGUUUCUAGCACAGUACUCAAAUUUGAGUGAAUACAACCUAGCCAAAAUUUCGGUUGGGUGGAAAAAACUUAAAAUUAGGUAUUUUUUUCACAUGGAAGCAAGCGGGAACAACCCAACAAAAACAUCGAUUCCAUCAACUCAAAAUUGGCUUGACGCACGCAACCCCGAAGUUGGGUGGAUAGAACUCACUUCUGGGUAGUUUCGUCUCUCCGUGUAGUUUGAGCUCCAUCCGCGGUCUAGUCGUGUAUCAGCCGAUAAGUUUUGUUGUUAUCCGAUAAAUUGCUGAUUUUCGCCAAAAAUGGAUCCACUGGAGGAACAAUACAGCAACUUCCGGUGUCGGGUGUGCGAAUCGAAGGACUUCCUGAUAAACAUAUUCGUCAACGAGGCGCAUCAAAUAGCGGAAAAACUUUGUUAUUGUGCCUCCGUUCAGAUUAGGGAAAACGAUGGUCUGCCGCAGCAUAUUUGUACCAAUUGUUUUGCAGAUUUGAAAACAUCCUACACUUUUCGAAAGCGAUGCGAAGAAACUGAUGCUAAACUACGGGCUUCUUCACACGAGCUAGUGAAGAUUGAAACAGUUGAAUAUAUAAUCUCACCUGAUGUAGCAUUUGAUCCUGAAGUUCUUGAUUCCUGUAAUUCUCCUAUCAAUAUUGAAACUGAACUUUUAUACCCAAUUGAGGCAGCUUUGGAUGAAUGUGAAAAAGAUGAGGCAUCAAUCAUUCAGAACGAUUCGAGUAAUGUAGAGCCGAAAAUGGCAGCUUGUAUUGAUUCAAUUAACGAUCAGUCUACAGCACGAAAAUCGUACAGAACAUUUACAUGCCAUACAUGUCAAGCACAGUUUUCCAGAGGUCCAGACUAUUUUCAACAUAUCAGAACACACGGUGCAAAGCGGUUUCAGUGUAAAAUAUGCUCGAAAUGGUUCUCUCGCAAAAAAGAAUGGGAAAGACACGAAGCAGCUCAUUUGGGUUUGCUCAAAAGAAUGCCCUGUAAACAGUGUACGAAGGAUUUCAGUUGUAGAACAACUCUGCGGCGUCACAUUGAAGCAAUACACGAACAUCAACGAAAGUAUGUAUGUGAUCUUUGUGGGCAGGCAUUCGCCCAAAGCCCACAUUUGAAAAAUCAUCUGAAUGUUCAUAAAGGAGUACAAUAUCAAUGUACAUUGUGUGAUGCUAAAUUCAAAACUUCAUUAAGUUGUAGGCGUCACACGGAAUUGCAUUUACCGCCAGAUAAAAGGAAUCCCAAACUGAUCGCACCGAAGCGUACCUUAAAGAAAAAAACAUGCUCAAAUACUCGCAAUUACAUUUGUUCCUUUUGCGGAAAAACUUCCAUUACUAUUCAACACCACGAAAUACAUGAGCGUACGCAUACAGGUGUAAAACCUUACGCAUGCACAAUGUGUGGCAAAGCCUUCAUCGCUACCGGAAUGCUCAAAAAGCACAUGCUUAUCCACACAGGUGAAAAACCUCAUAAAUGUGAAACUUGUGGCAAAUGUUUCCGAAUAAAAGCACAUCUCACGACGCACUACCUAACGCAUACACACGAGAAGAAAUUUGUGUGUCAGAUCUGUUCAAGUGCAUAUGCAUCGAAGCGUAGCUUGCAAUCACACAUGAAAACCCAUUCAGUUUGUGAAGCACGAGAAUGACGGAAAUUUGUAGGAAUAAAAUGUUAUUUCACGUUGAAUUUAAAUGUGAAUGUUCUUUUUUGUGUCCGAAAUUCAUACUCAUUAUUGUAGGGGUGUAAAGCAAUAGUGAACUGAAAACCCUGUUCGGUUUGCUAUACGAUAUGCUUUCGUUCGUUGCAUUAAAAUUUUAGCCCAUCAGUUAGGGUCAAUUUUUCUCCUCGGCUUUAUCGGUAACCCAUACUUACAAUUAAACCUAGUUUAACGCUUAAGCCAGGGUGAAGAAAUCGUCUAAGUUUUAGCUGUCGUAGGCCUCCCAGCUACGACAAAAUAUGCUUUACGUCAAAAACUGGCGUUUGUCUUUGUUUCAAUUUGGGCUUGUAAUGGUAGCAUUACAUAUUUACAGGUAGAAGUCAAUAUUGUCGUACAACUAUGCAUUUU